AUGGUUCCGUUUGGACAAGGAAUUACAGAAACUAGGAGUGCCAGCAGCAACAUACAACCACCAACACUACUACCAACCCCAAGAGUGCCAGCAGCAACAUACCACUACCAACACUACUACCGGCCCCAAGAGUGCCAACAGCAACAUUCAACUAUUAACACUAGUACCGACCCCAAGAGUGCCAGCAGCAAAAUACAAGCACCAACACUACUACCGACCCCAAGAGUGCCAGCAGCAACAUACCACUACCAACACUACUACCGACCCAAAGAGUGCCAGCAGCAACAUACAACAACCAACACUACUACCAACCACAAGAGUGCCAGCAGCAACAUACAACCACCAACACUACUACCAACCACAAGAGUGCCAGCAGCAACGUACCACCACCAACACUCCUACCGACCCCAAGAGAGCCAGCAGCAACAUACCGCCACCAACACUACUACUGACCCCAAGAGAGCCAGCAGCAAGAUACGACCUCCAACACUACUACCGACCACAAGAGUGCCAGCAGCAACAUACAACCACCAACACUACUACAGACCACAAGAGUGCCAGCAGCAACAUACAACCACCAACAGUCCUACUGACCCCAAGAGAGCCAGCAGCAACAUACAACCUCCAAAAUACCGACCCCAAGAGUGCCAGCAGCAAAAUACAAGCACCAACACUACUACCGACCCCAAGAGUGCCAGCAGCAACAUACCACUACCAACACUACUACCGACCCAAAGAGUGCCAGCAGCAACAUACAACAACCAACACUACUACCAACCACAAGAGUGCCAGCAGCAACAUACAACCACCAACACUACUACCAACCACAAGAGUGCCAGCAGCAACGUACCACCACCAACACUCCUACCGACCCCAAGAGAGCCAGCAGCAACAUACCGCCACCAACACUCCUACCGACCCCAAGAAUGCCAGCAGCAACAUACCGCCACCAACACUCCUACUGACCCGAAGAGGGCCAGCAGCAACAUACAACCACCAACACUACUACCAACCACAAGAGUGCCAGCAGCAACGUACCACCACCAACACUCCUACCGACCCCAAGAGAGCCAGCAGCAACAUACCGCCACCAACACUCCUACCGACCCCAAGAAUGCCAGCAGCAACAUACCGCCACCAACACUCCUACUGACCCGAAGAGAGCCAGCAGCAACAUACAACCACCAACACUACUAUACCAACCACAAGAGUGCCAGCAGCAACAUACCACCACCAACACUACUACAAACCCUGAGCAGCAACAUACAAGAACCAGCACUACAACCCCUAUGCCAGCAGCAACAUACAACCACCAACAUUACAACUGGCCACAAGAGUGCCACCAGCAACAUAGCACCAACACUACUACUGGCUUAA